AUGGCAGAACUGGAACUAGUUCCUGAACAAGGCGUGCCAUCCAAACCGGACCAACAAACCAAAAUUGAGAGUGUGUCCUUUUUUGGCUUGUUUGCUACCGCUGAUUUAACUGACUAUGUCUUAAUGUUCCUUGGAAGUGCCGGUUCAUGUCUCCAUGGUGCUGCGCUUCCUGUUUUCUUCAUUUUGUUUGGUCGCAUGAUUGACUCUUUGGGACAUCUUUCUAAUGACCCUCACAAAUUGUCCUCACGAGUUUCUGAGCAUGCUUUGUAUUUGGUCUACCUUGGAGGAGUUGUUCUGGUAUCUGCUUGGAUGGGUGUUGCAUUCUGGAUGCAAACAGGGGAGAGGCAAACGGCACGUUUGCGUUUGAAAUAUUUGCAGGCAGUGCUGAAGAAGGAUAUUAAUUUCUUUGACAAUGAAGCCAGGGAUGCUAAUAUCAUUUUUCACAUCUCAAGUGAUGCAAUACUGGUACAAGAUGCCAUUGGUGACAAGACAGGCCAUGCCAUUCGUUACCUUUCUCAAUUCAUUGUUGGAUUUGCCAUUGGAUUUACCUCAGUGUGGCAGCUCACACUACUCACCUUGGCUGUGGUUCCACUAAUAGCUGUAGCUGGGGGAGCUUAUACAAUAAUUAUGUCUACUUUAUCAGAAAAGGGUGAAGCAGCUUAUGCUGAGGCUGGGAAGGUUGCAGAAGAGGUGAUUUCUCAAGUGCGUACUGUUUACUCGUUUGUAGGAGAAGAGAAAGCAAUUGGUGCAUACUCAAAAUCUCUUGAUAAAGCUCUGAAGUUGGGAAAGAAGGGUGGUUUGGCAAAAGGAGUUGGGGUAGGCUUCACAUAUGGCUUGUUAUUUUGUGCUUGGGCAUUGCUUCUGUGGUAUGCUAGCAUACUUGUGAGGCAUCACAAGACAAAUGGAGGAAAAGCGUUUACAACAAUUAUCAAUGUCAUCUUUAGUGGAUUUGCUCUUGGUCAAGCUGCUCCAAGCCUUGGUUCCAUUGCUAAAGGGCGUGCCGCUGCAGCCAAUAUCAUGAACAUGAUUGCGUCCGCUUCAACCAAUUCUAAGAGGUUGGAUGAUGGCACUGUUGUGCCACUAGUUGUUGGGGAAAUUGAAUUUUCUGAGGUCUGCUUUGCUUACCCCUCAAGAUCCAAUAUGAUCUUUGAAAAUUUGAGCUUCUCAGUGAGUGCCGGCAAGACUAUAGCAGUUGUUGGUCCCAGUGGUUCCGGAAAGAGCACGAUUGUUUCACUUAUUCAACGGUUCUAUGACCCCACUUCAGGUAGGAUCCUGUUGGAUGGAUAUGACCUAAAGAAUCUUCAAUUGAAAUGGUUGAGAGAACAGAUGGGCUUGGUUAGUCAAGAACCAGCACUAUUUGCAACAACAAUAGCUGGAAAUAUUUUAUUUGGGAAAGAAGAUGCAGACAUGGACAAAGUCAUACAAGCUUCCAUGGCUGCAAAUGCUCAUUCUUUUAUUCAAGGAUUACCUGAUGGUUAUCAAACUCAGGUUGGAGAGGGUGGCACCCAACUCUCAGGGGGGCAAAAACAAAGAAUUGCCAUAGCAAGAGCAGUGCUCAGAAACCCAAAAGUAUUGCUUUUAGACGAGGCCACAAGUGCUCUAGAUGCUAAAUCAGAACUCAUUGUCCAACAGGCUUUGGAAAAAAUAAUGUCAAACAGAACAACAAUAGUUGUUGCACAUAGAUUAUCCACCAUACGCGAUGUAGAUACAAUUAUUGUGUUGAAGAACGGCCAGGUGGUUGAAAGUGGAACACAUUUGGAAAUGAUGUCCAACAAUGGAGAGUAUGUGAAUCUGGUAAGUUUGCAGGCAUCACAAAACCUCUCAAACUCUAGAUCAAUAUCUCGAUCUGAAAGUUCAAGAAAUUCUAGUUUUAGAGAACCUUCAGACAACUUGACCUUAGAGGAGCAGCUGAUGUUGGGCACAAGAGGAGAACUACAAUCAAGUGAUCAACACUUGCCAUCAAAGACUCCUUCAGCUCCAACAAUCUUGGAUUUACUGAAACUGAAUGCUCCAGAGUGGCCCUAUGCAAUACUUGGGUCAGUGGGUGCAGUAUUGGCUGGAAUGGAAGCCCCUCUCUUUGCACUUGCAAUCACUCACAUCUUGACUGCAUUUUAUUCUCCUCAGAGUUCAAAAAUCAAGCAAGAAGUUGAUCGUGUCGCUUUUAUAUUUCUUGGAGUGGCUGUUAUUACAAUACCUAUUUAUCUAUUGCUACACUACUUUUAUACAUUGAUGGGAGAGCGUCUCACUGCCCGUGUGCGUUUAUUUAUGUUCUCAGCUAUUCUCAACAAUGAAGUUGCAUGGUUUGAUAAGGAUGAGAACAACACUGGCUCACUAAGUGCCAUGCUAGCUGCGGAUGCUACAUUAGUAAGAAGUGCUCUUGCUGAUAGACUCUCAACCAUUGUGCAAAAUGUAGCUCUCACUGUCACAGCUUUUGUUAUUGGCUUCACGUUGAGUUGGAAACUAACAGCAGUCGUUGUAGCCUGUCUUCCCCUGCUCAUAGGAGCUUCUAUCACUGAGCAAUUAUUUCUGAAGGGGUUUGGAGGAGAUUACAACCAUGCUUACUCUAAAGCAACUUCUUUGGCUCGUGAAGCUAUUUCCAACAUACGAACUGUUGCUGCUUUUGGCGCCGAAGAUCGAAUCUCAAUCCAGUUUGCAUCUGAAUUGAACAAACCUAACAGACAAGCUCUUCUACGGGGCCAUAUAUCAGGUUUUGGCUAUGGCAUAACCCAGCUAUUGGCUUUCUGUUCCUAUGCACUUGGCCUUUGGUAUGCAUCAGUUUUAAUCAAGAAGAAAGAGUCAAACUUUGGAGACAUCAUGAAGUCCUUCAUGGUCUUAAUCAUCACUUCUCUGGCAAUAGCAGAAACACUAGCUCUUACACCAGACAUUGUGAAGGGAUCACAAGCACUGGGAUCAGUUUUUGGCCUUCUCCAAAGGAGAUCAUCCAUCACCCCAAACGACCCUAACUCAAAGAUGGUGACUGAUGUCAAAGGAGAGAUAGAGUUUAGAAAUGUUAGCUUCAAGUACCCUAUGAGACCUGACAUCACCAUAUUUCAGAACUUAAACCUCAAAGUCUCAGCAGGUAAGAGUCUGGCAGUGGUGGGACAAAGUGGUUCAGGGAAAAGCACAGUGAUUGCUUUGGUAAUGAGAUUUUAUGACCCUGAUUCUGGAUCAGUUCUGAUAGAUGAAUGUGAUAUCAAAAGCCUAAACCUGAGAUCCUUAAGGCUGAGGAUAGGAUUGGUUCAGCAAGAACCCGCUUUGUUCUCAACCACAGUUUAUGAAAACAUCAAGUAUGGAAAAGAGGAGGCAUCAGAAAUAGAGGUAAUGAAGGCAGCCAAAGCAGCAAAUGCUCAUGAAUUCAUCAGCAGAAUGCCAGAAGGGUACGAAACUGAGGUGGGUGAGAGAGGGGUGCAGUUGUCAGGAGGACAAAAACAAAGAGUUGCAAUUGCUAGAGCUAUUCUGAAAGAUCCAUCCAUUCUUUUGUUGGAUGAAGCAACAAGUGCUCUAGACACGGUAUCAGAGAGGCUAGUCCAAGAGGCUCUAGAUAAACUAAUGGAAGGUAGAACAACAAUUUUGGUAGCUCACAGGCUAUCAACUGUUCGUGAUGCAGACAGUAUUGCAGUGCUGCAAAAUGGCAGGGUUGCUGAAAUGGGAAGCCAUGAGAGGCUGAUGGUCAAACCCGGAAGCAUCUACAAGCAAUUGGUUAGUCUACAGCAUGAAACGCGUGACCAAGAACACCAUUGA